AUGUUAAAAAGAACAAUAGUUAAAACAGAAGAAAUUAGACAUUCAAUUAAAGCAUUGAUUGGAUUUAAAGUUACAAAUGGUGAUCAUAUUCAUAGUUUAUUUUUAAAAGGUUCUCACACAAAAUCAAGUAAUAUGAAAAGAAUUAGAGAAGGAUUAUAUUUUAGUUUAUUACAAAAUCAAAAGGAAUCAACUACUCAUGGUUUAUUUUCAAAAGAAUUUUGUGAUUUUCAUAAAAUUGAUUUAAAAAAGUUUGAAGAUCUUUCAAAGAAAUUAUCAUUUGGUUUACAUGAACUUGAAGAUGGUAAUUUUUGGUUUAAUGAACAUCAUUAUAACGUUUUUGGUGAAUAUAAUGUAAUUGAAAAACCAUUCAAUAAAAGCGAUCAUCCAAAUUCCAAUGAGCAUACCCUUUCAUAUGAAAAUGGUAACUCAUAUAACGCUUUGGUAAACAAAUAUAAACUACUUCAAAAAUUUUCUGAUGAACAUAAUUUAGGACUUACAUUCAAAGAAGAAGAUAUUCCCAAUAAUCUUAUUUAUUAUCCUGAACAUAUUUUAAAAACUCAAGUAAUAGAUGGAGAUGAUCAAACAAACUAA